AUGCCUAUAUACAACCUGGACGAGGAAGCCAAAGCGCAGAAGUUCCUUGGGGGACUGAAGUGGAAGAUUCAACUAGCUUUGAGCUCCUUGGGGACACGCACCUAUGCAGAAGUGGUGUUGCAAGCCUUGAUGGUAGAAAGCAACCUUCGGCGAAUGGAGACUUUAGGAACGAAAUUUCGUGGGCCCGAGAACGGAAGGUUGGGAAGAAAGCAUGACUUGGGGACUCAAGGAAGAAAGUUCAAGACCAAGGGUACAUGCCCAAAAUGUCAGAAAUAUCAUCCAGGGAAACCUUGUGGGACAGUAGCCCAGGGAUGCUAUUCUUGUGGAGAAACUGGCCACGUGGCUCGAGAUUGCCCAAAGGGGACCGUGUGUUUCACUUGCCAGAAGCCUGGUCAUAUUUCUCUCGACUGCCCUCAAAAGAAAAGUAUUAUUCAAUUCGGGGCAAAUAAAGUAAGCAUGGAGCUGCAACGGGGACAUGUAUUCAAUUUGACAAGAGAAGAUGCCAGAGCUAACCCGUCAAUAAUACAAGGUACAAUGAUCUUUCUUGAUACGCCGGUGCAAGUAUUUAUAGACCUAGGGUCUACUCAUUCAUUUGUAUCGCAUGCAUUGGCACGUUGUUUAAAAUUGGAAUUGGGAGAACUAGGGUGUCCCAUAAUAGUAUCUACCCCUUUUGGAAGACAAGUAGAAACAUAUACAGGCUAUGGGGAUGGAUGGAUUGUAUUGGGGAAUAAUGAGUUUCCAGUCAAACUAACGUCCCUAGAUAUUCAGGAUUUUGACAUAAUCUUGGGAAUGGAUUUCUUGACUAAAUAUAAUGCAAAAAUUAACUGUUACUUGACAGUUGAGUUACAAGCAGAUGAUGGAACUUGGGAGAAGUUUCGAGGGCAAAAUGGGAGUGGGAGAAUCAAAUGGAUAACAGCCCUUAAAGUUGUUAGGAUGUUAGGGAAAGGAGCAUAUGGAUACCUAGCUUGUGUACAGGAGGAUAACAAAAAAGUUGAACUUGGGGAAGUGGCCAUAGUAAGAGACUUCCCUGAUGUGUUUCCUGAAGACUUACCUGGACUACCCCCUUAUCGGGAAAUUGAGCUUGCCAUAGAUGUCCUACCAGGGAUAGACCCUAUAUCAAUACCUUCUUAUAGGAUGGCCCCAGCAGAAUUAAGAGAAUUGAAAAGUCAGCUGCAGGACCUCUUGGACAAGGGUUUUAUUCAACUUAGCAUGUCACCUUGGGGAGCACCUAUAUUGUUUGUAAAGAAAAAAGAUGGAAGUCUAAGGAUGUGCAUAGAUUAUCGCCAAUUGAAUAAGGUUACUAUAAAAAAUAAAUAUCCGCUCCCUAGAAUUGAUGAGUUGUUUGACCAGUUACAAGGUGCUAGGGUAUUCUCGAAGAUAGAUUUGAGGUCGGGCUACUACCAAUUACGGAUUAAGAAGGAGGAUGUAUCGAAAACUGCUUUUAGAUCUCGUUAUGGACACUAUGAGUACUUGGUAAUGCCGUUUGGGUUAACUAACACACUAGCAGCCUUUAUGGACUUAAUGAAUAGGAUAUUCAGGCCAUACCUAGACCACUUUGUGAUUGUGUUUAUUGAUGAUAUUCUAAUAUAUUCAGCUAGCAGGGAGGAACAUGAGCAACACCUGGAAACAAUCCUAAAGACGUUACAGGAGCAUCGACUAUAUGCCAAAUUUUCUAAAUGUGAGUUUUGGCUAACCCAAAUAGCUUUUCUGGGCCAUGUCAUAUCAGAGGAAGGAAUAGCGGUGGAUCCUUCAAAAGUUGAGACAAUAAGGAAUUGGGAGCAACCUAAGACCGUAACUGAGGUAUGA